UCACGACAGGGAAGGAAAGAUUUUCCUUAUUCGGUGCUCCAGCAAACAACAGUGACAACCGCAGCGUUCGUCUCUCUCUCUCCGUUUCUCCUUCGUCGUGUUGUGCCGAAGCUCCUGCAUCAUUUACCGCAUCUGACCGAUUUAACCCUUUACCAACAUGUGGAGAAGUCAAAUUGGUUCGAAAGAGGUUAAAACCAUCACCCAAACCGAGGACGACGACUGGGAGACGGACCCCGACUUUGUGAACGAGGUGACAGAAGAGGAGCAGAGAUGGGGUUCGAAGACGGUGGAGGGCUCUGCAUCAAGAGCGGGCGAUGUCAGUAUGAAACAGAUCAGGGAACAGGUGAAGAAGGAAGACGUAAACGUCAAGGAAGGAUUCACCCACUCCUCCCAGAAAGAUGCGGCCAAAGGCUUCGGUGGGAAAUACGGAGUCCAGGCUGACAGAAAAGACAAGAGUGCCCUGGGCUGGGACCACCAGUCAGAGCUGGCCAAACACGGAUCUCAGACCGACGCAGCCAAGGGAUUCGGAGGGAAAUUUGGAGUCCAGAAAGACAGAAAAGACAAGAGUGCCCUGGGCUGGGACCACCAGUCAGAGCUGGCCAAACACGGAUCUCAGACCGAUGCCGUCAAGGGAUUCGGAGGGAAAUUCGGAGUCCAGAAAGACCACAAGGACAAGAGUGCAGUAGGUUGGGACUACCAAGCCGACCUGUCCAAACACGAAUCGCAAACUGACACGACUAAAGGAUUUGGCGGAAGAUAUGGCGUCCAGAAAGAUCGCCAAGAUCAGAGUGCGUUGGGUUGGGAACACCAGUCAGAGCUCUCCAAACAUGGCUCACAGACAGACGCUAAGAAGGGGUUCGGCGGACAAUUUGGAGUCCAGAAAGACCACCAGGACAAGAGUGCCCUGGGCUGGGACCACCAGUCAGAGCUGUCGGCACAUGCCUCGCAGACUGACGCCAAGAAAGGGUUUGGAGGCCGUUUCGGGGUACAAACUGACCGUCAGGAUAAGGAGGCGUCUCAGAGGGCAGAGGAGGAGAGAAAGAAGAGACAGGAGAGAGAGCAGAGGGAGAGAGAGGAGCAGGAAAUGAGACAGAGGGAGGAGGAAGAGAGGGAUGAAUACGACAGAGCUCAGACUGAAGAACAGGCAGCUGCUGAAGAGGCAGAGCGUCUCCGAGCCGAGCAGGAGGCAGUUGAGAGAGAGGAGGAGGAAGAGAGGGAGAGACUGACGCUAGAACGGGAGGACGAGAGAGAGAGACUCAGGCUAGAACAGGAGGAAGAAGAGGCAAGAAGGCGGGCAGAAGAGGAAGAAGAGGAGGAGAGGAGGAGGGCACAGGAAGAGGAGGACGAGAGGAGGCGGGCUGAGGAAGAAGAGGAGGAGAAAGGACGCCAGGAACAAGAGCAGGACUACGAGCAGGAAGGUGGGUAUGGCGAAGGAGAGGAUAAUAUCUAUGACACCGCGGCCGACGAGGAACCUCAGGGUGCUGGAUUGCGUGCCAGAGCUAUCUAUGACUACGAAGCUACUGGUGAAGAUGAGGUAACCUUCGACCCCGACGAAAUCAUCGAAAACAUUGAGCAGGUUGACGAUGGCUGGUGGAUUGGCGAGGUGAGAGGUAAGAGAGGUCUCUUCCCCUCAAACUACGUCGAACUUAUUUGA